AUGCAGAGCAGUAAUGCGUCUCAGAGCCUGAGAGUGGCUCUGGAAGGCUGUGGGCAUGGUAAACUCCAUGAUAUCUAUGCCUCAGUAAACAAAGCAGCAAAACUCAAGGGAUGGAAUGGUGUGGAUCUUCUUAUCAUUGGUGGAGACUUUCAGGCCAGUUCUUAUUCCUUUGAUUUGCAAACACAUGCGGUCCGCAAUUCAUACGAUUUAAGCUGCAUGUCAGUCCCGCAGAAAUACAAGAAAAUCGGGGAUUUCCAUGAAUACUACAGUGGUUCCCGUGUCGCGCCAUAUUUGACCAUUUUUGUGGGAGGAAAUCAUGAAGCUAGCAACCACCUGUUCGAGUUGUACUACGGUGGCUGGGUAGCCCCUAAUAUUUAUUAUCUGGGAGCUGCAAAUGUUAUCCGCUGUGGGCCCCUUAGAAUAGCCGGUAUCUCUGGGAUCUGGAAAGGAUAUGAUUAUCGGAAACCCCAUUUCGAAAGACUUCCUUAUAAUCGCGAUGACAAACAAAGCAUCUACCAUGUUAGGGAAUUGGAUGUUCGCAAGCUUUUGCAAAUUCGAACCCAAGUCGAUCUUGGUCUAAGCCAUGACUGGCCGCAGGGUAUCGAAUGGCACGGCAACUUCAAAAAACUUUUUAAAAUGAAACCCCUAUUUGAAGCGGAUGCUCAAGCAGGAAAAUUAGGCAGUGUUGCAGCGAGAUAUGUUUUGGAUCGCCUGCGACCUCCGCACUGGUUUUCCGCCCACCUCCAUUGCAAAUACACGGCUCGUUUGGUGCAUGGUGAUUAUAAGCCCCCCGUGUUGAGUGAUAGGCUUGGCCCAAAUCGUGAAUCUCAAAUGACGCCAUUGGGAGAUGAUGUCGUCGUUUCGCCGUCUACAACCAAAGAACCCCCUACCCCGUUUGGUUCAGCACAAUUAUCGGCCUCGCAAUACUUUCACACAGUUGCAUCGAAACAAGAUGCGGAGGAUGAGGCUCGCCUGAUGCAAGAGGCAACAGAACAUGAGAGACAGAUCGAGGCUAGUCUGAUAAGUAGACCAGAGGUAAAUUGCCAAUUUACCUGGAAAAGUGUCGGAGUUGUAGACAGUGGUCUAAAACGCGAGAUCCAGGACAUUACCAAAGUGGGCUUCGAUAAGGAGCAACCAUCAAUUCGUGAUGAAGCUGCGCAGCAAAAGGGAGCUGUGGAAACGCCUGGAGUGAAAAAUACCGAUGAAAUUGAUAUUGAUCUUGACACCUCAUCGGAAACUUCAGAAAAGUCCGGAACUAUGGACUCUAAGAAGUCUAUGCCCAAUAUUGCCGAUGAAAUGGAAACUAAUUGUGAUAGCUCACCACAGAGGGUGGAAGCAGAAAACAUAUCUUCCACUUUGGCCCCUGACAAUGUAGGCGAGGCGGCACAAUCAGACGAGGUGCCUACCGAUGUUCGCGAUCAGCUACCAGCAAGUUUUCGGAAGCCGAACCAGAUGUCAUCUCUUCCACCAGAUCAGUUGCCAAUUUUCGACCCUAAACUGCCAGAAACCAUCAAAAAUACAGAAACCAAUUUCAUUGCCCUGGAUAAAUGCGAGGGAAAAAGGAAAUUUAUACAGCUCAUUGAGUAUCCUACGAUAUCGCUACCGGAUGGAGGUGCUGGAGGAGAAGAGAGCCGCCCGUACCAGUUGAAAUAUGACAAAGAGUGGCUCGCCAUCACUCGAGCCUUUGCUGACGAUCUUACACUUGGCGACCCCAGCGUGUCAAUCCCACCAAAUAAAGGUGAUGCCCGCUACAAGCCGGAAAUCCUCUCUGCUGAAGAAUGGGUUGAAGAGAACAUCGUGAAACGGGGCAAAAUGGUCGUUCCGCAUAACUUCUCCAUCACGGCGCCCGUCUAUGACCCUGCUGUACCGAUCACGACGAACGAGAUGCCACCAGAAUACACAAACCCACAAACAGCAGAGUUCUGCAAACUCCUUGGGAUUGAAAAUAAGUUCCAUAUCAGUGAUAAGGAACGUCGUGCUCGUAUUGAUGCUGGUCCACUCCCGGAAGAGGAGAGACGGUUCCGGCCGCAAUAUGGACGUUUUGGGAAAGGGAAGGGGAGAGGAGGGGGGCGGGGCUCUCGGAAUGAGGGUGGCCGCUGGCAAGGCAAUGGAGGCCGCGGGAAAAGAGGGAGAGAAGGACGUGGGGGAUUUGGUGGACGUAGUUGA